CAGAGGGAGUGAGUAGUGUGAAGUAACGAAAGCGGAUAGUUUAGGUUAAGUUUAAAUAUAUAUAUUAAAGUUAUUCUUUGUGUAAUAGUAAAAUAUGCCGAAGAGUAAAGAAAAGGAGGAAGAGAAACCUGUCGUUGCAAAAACAGCAGUUGACUUGCAACGAUUGAAACUUCAAAAAUUAAUGAAAAAUCCGGAAAAACCUGUUAUAAUACCAGAACGUCCUAAAAUAAAAAGUACGCCAACUGUGCCAGAAUUUGUUCGUAAUGUAAUGGGCAGUAGUGCAGGCGCAGGUAGCGGAGAAUUCCAUGUAUACAGACAUUUAAGACGUAAAGAAUAUGCACGACAGAAGUUUAUUCAAGAAAAGGGACAGAAGGAACUAUUAGAUGAGGAGUACCACAGGAAAUUGGAAGAAAAUAGAAGAAUAGCUGAGGAAAUAACAGCAAAAAAACGAGCAAAAAGAUUAAAGAGGAGGCAAAGGGGAAAACAAAAGAAGCGAACAAAAGCUGAAAAUGUAGAACAACAUAAUAUAAAUGAAAAUAGUAGUUCAGAAGAAGAAAGUUCAGGUGAACAAGAAAUAAAUGAUAAGAAUGAUAAUACAUGUGAACGUAUAUCUAAUAAUGAAACUAGUGAUAAAGAUAAUAAACUUGAAGACGAUGAAACUGUGAAGCCUAUAUUAACUGAUUCAAAAGAAAAUCAAAAUGAGAAUAGUAGGAGUGAAGAUAAAUUACAUUUACAAAGUGAUUGCAGUGAAGAAAAUAACUCUGAAGUUGUUUGUGUUAAUGAAACAUCCAGUGAAACAUUAGAUACAUCUGUAAAUAUACCUAAAAAUGAUAAUAGCAAUACAGAACAAACAUGUACAGAUUCAACUGAUGCAGUUUCUUAAUACUGAUAAAUAAACCUAUUCAAAUUUAAAAUGGUAAAAAAAAUAAUUUUUAUAAAAAUGACCAAAUGAAAUAUU